AUGGCGCCGUCCGAGCCCAAGGGCAAGUAUCGACCGACAUCGAAGCUCAGCGAGAAAGAUCGCAAUGCCAAGUACACUCACAAACAGAUCGAAAGGAUCAUGAGACAGCUUGGCCGACCUUGGAUGACACGGCCUCGGGCUCUUAACAAAGUACAGCUUAUAGCUCUUUGGAUAGCGCAGGAUCAGCAGAUCAAGGACGCAAAAGGCAAGCAGUCGAAGGACUACGUCUCUGUACCAGGACAGGACGGCCUACCUAACAAGGUGCUGGGAGAAACAACAGAUGGCGAGUCGUCGGACGACGAUGAUGACGAAGAGGAUUUUCCGAGGACGAUGCGGUGGACGAUUUAUGGCAAGGUUACCGCGGAGGAGAACGUCCAGCCAGAAGUUAGCGAUGCGAGCGACCCAGACGAUCACAUUGAAUUACCUACUGUGCCCUCAAUGAGGAAGGAUUUGCAGAAGUGGGGAAUAAAGAUCGGAUCUCAUCGCAACAGCGGUCCGAUGUUCAAGCUCAAGUGGAAGCCAGAAUUCCUAAGGCGACGCGCCGCCGAGCGGAGCAAAGAGGCAGGGUCUAGCGAUCCGGUUGAGAACGAUGACGAUGCUUUGUCGGACCGGUGUGGAGAUACUGAGGAGGUAAAGCGAGAAAAGAGCAGGGCACCGACAGAAGAAAAGACCAAGCCUCGGAAGCGUAAGCGUAACGCAUCUGGAGAUGACCGAACGGGCAAGCGUGUCAAACCCAACGAGACGAAGGCGAAGAGCAGUACAGUGGAGCCUGGAAAGCUUCAGCACUAUAUCGGCUUCCAGAUGAGUGGCACCAGGGAGCUUGUAGCUGGCAAGCCGCACGAUCAGCUGCCAGUAGCUGGUGCAAAGAUGGCAGCCAGCGAACCUGCUGUAGCAAGCAUGCUUCCAUUUAAACUUGGAAGAAAUCCUGCAAAGAAGGUGACAAUGGCAGAUAGACAAAAGCUAUCGGAGGAAGUGUCAGGAGCCGAGCGAGGAGCUACGACUUCGGCUGAACUUGGUUCGCACGAUCUGGAACAGCUUCAGAAUGGGCCCAAGACCAUAGCCAAAUCUGGUGAGUCAUACUCGAUCAUGCAAAAUGAAGGUCUUCGUCAAUCGAAGCGGCUCGAGAGGACAGCAGCAGACAUCCAGUUGGACGGGCCACAGGCGAAAGCAGCGCCUGAGAGUGCGAAGCCGACAGUGACUGGUAGUGCAUUGUAUAUCGAUCAGGAUGCAUCUAGCGAAGAUGACGAGGACGGAAUAGGGCUUUCCUCUAGCAUCAAUGGAGAUGAUGUUGAUGACGAUGAUGCCGAUGAUCUCGGCAACGAUGGCACAUCACUCACACGCAUCCUAGUCACAGGACCUCAGCGUGGCCCAGGCGGUGCGAAUGCACAUGGUACGAAGGAACGACCAUACGAGUUCAUCCCAGGCGGAUAUUGUGACCCCGUGGUGGCAGCGGCCUGGCCCGUCCGGAACCAGACGGUCAACUUCAUGCACCGCCCGCCACUAUGGGAGGCCAGAAUUAUUGAUCCAAGUGGCUUCAACUAUGGGCAGUACCAGAUGUGGUUGGAGCAGAUAAGAGAAGGUGGGUGGUGGGAAGAGAUGAUGAAAAGAAGGCCGGAUCAAAUGCCGCUUCCACCGCGCACACGACCAGUGUACAAGUACCGAUAUGGUGGUCCGUCAAAGUAG